UUGUUAAAUUACUUUCUACUAACUUAUUGAUUUUAACUUUGUUGCAGGAUAUUGACUUGUAUUUCUUAAGCUUGAGAAAUAGACUUCGAGCUUCAGCAGAUUUACUGGAUGACGUAGAUAUGAAUAACACAAUCAUAUUAGACACGGAUUGGUUUAUAUACCUCCAGGGCGAGUGGGACGCUCUAUUGGAGAAGUGGGCAAGAAGUGAGUUUACUCCAGAGGAGUAUCAUAUAUUGACGCAUGGAGCAGUAGCUGAUGGUUGGCAGCCCCGGAUAGACUGGCUCUGCCAAAUACGUGGAAAAGCCGUUAAGGGCCAUGAACUUCCUCCUGGUCAUAUAUGAUGGAUGGAUGCCACACAGGUUCUCAUGCCAGUCAUAAUUGGCCACCAUUUUGUCCUAUGUCGGAUCCGGUUAGGAGAAUUGGUUUGCGAGGUCUAUGACCCAGUAUUCCACAAGCUAUCACCUCGACAGCAGGAUGGUCGAGUUGGUGAACUACUGCCUUUACUGAGAUUGUUGCCAAUUGUCCUUCAGUUGGCGAGGUGGCUAGACGACACAUCCAUUGAUUCGACAGUGGCAAAGGAGAAGUACCCACUUAUGACGGCGGUGUUUGCUCCAGCGGAGGUUCAGUUUCACCAGCAGGACUCUGUCAGCUGCGGGCCUUUCGUCUGCAUGUAUGCAGAACGACUGAUAUCUGGCUCUCCAUCCAUUGAGUGGGGUAACCACAACGUGGCGGCAUACAGGGCCAAGAUUGCUAGAUCUAUAUUUUCGUUGUGUGAAACUAGGACACAUCGUAUCACUAGACUUGGUUUUGCAUAGUUUUGUAUAUUGUUACAUUAAUGUGUGCUUCUAUUUGGUUAUUCAACGAGCAUUAUUUCCUGUAAAUCAUUCCAGCUUAUCGAAUAAUAAGAUAAUUCAAUCAAUAUCA